AUGAAAAAGCGUCAGGCGUGGCUGGACAAUUGGUCCCAUCAUAGCGAUGGCCGUGGUGGCCUGAACGCUGAGUCCGACUUUGGGUCUCGCCAUGAUGAACCGAGAAGCAAUGGUCUCGCCUCCAAGGGCAAUCCCGGUGAGCCGAAAGGCAAUGGUGGCUUUGUCGAACUCAACACCCAGAAAGUCCAGCAAGGGGAGACUCACGGAUCCAAGCAUGGUGAGCUCGACGACGGUAGCUACGCCGCUGAAAAGACCGAAGAGUAUAAUGGCAGCUAUGUCCUUGCAUCGAAGGCUCACCUGCAAGACUCAAGUGAUGUCUGUAACAACGAGACUGAUCGUGAUUCUGGCGCUGCUUUGGCGAAGAUGGGGUCUGCAGCCAUUCCCCAAACCGUAUCUGUAACACCUCACCUUCAUGAUGGCCAAGGUUCUGUCACUUCUAACGGUCGCAUGACUACUGAGAACGCCAAUUUUCUGUCAGGAAACAAUCACAAUAUGUCUCACUCAAAGGCCUGGGUUUAUGAUGUUCCCAUUGUGCCGCAGCCUGACCGCAAUCAGCUGCCAGAGAGCCGCUGGGCUACAAAAACUCGAACUCCUACGAAUAGCCAAGCUCUUGCGAAUCGUCAAGCUGCUGCCAAGAGCCAAACUCCUAUAAAGAGUCAACCUGCUGCGAAUAACCAAACUCCAGCGAAGAUUCAGCCCGCUGCAAAGAGCCCACGUGCUGCAAAGUCAUUGGACCAGCAAACCAUCAAGCGCUAUUAUAAGCCAUUCGUUCCUGCUGCGGUCAAGCCUGAGACCAAUCGGCCCGUUAUUUCCACCCCUGAUGUUCAAGAGUCACCUAAGCAUACCCAGAAUUCGGAUAAUAGUCCCCAGCCCUAUACGACGCCUGAGCUGGUCGCGUCACGCCCUCGCGCGCCCCCAGUCAUGCUUAACUUGAUACAGAAAACACCGGUUACCACGCCCUCCAAACCCGGUCUUCAUGGAUCAACUGCGGUUACUUCUGUAGCUCGCACACCUGAAGCACCGGUUGGCCCAACGUCGGGCAGCCCUCAGAAGGUCAUGCCGCCAACGGCUGAUGCCUUAAUUUCUACAACCGGUGCUGCUCUAACUGAAAAGGCUGAAAGCGAUGAGUGGAUGGCUAGAAUCAGUGACGACGGCGUUGGAGUUCAGAGUGCUAGACGUACGCCAGACAUUCGCGGAACGUUUCCAGAGAAAGAAUUAGCGGACCAAGACUGGAAUGAACCCCGGCGUGCCAAGCCUCAAAAGAAGGACACCGAUAGCAAUGUCAGCGUCGAGGGAAACUUUGAACACUCGUCGAUCAUGUCUGGUUACAUCAAGUCCUGGGCUCAAGAAAUUCCGGGAGUGAGAGCUUCCUUCCUUGAUGAAAAAGUCCCUGAGCACGAGGACUGUGAUGUCGACACUAUGACUGGCGAGCUUGUCGCUCCCUGUGAAGCCCCCACAAGCAGACCGAGCCAGCAGCCACUUUCGUCCAACUUGGCGCAUAAGCAAUUAACGGAGAGCUCUGCCUUGGCAAUCAGACGAGUCAUUGCAAAAAAGGCGAGAAAGGCCAAAGCUGAGGCCAAAGCUGAGGCCAAAGCUGUUGAAGUGGCUAAGGAAAGGGAACGAAGGCGUCAGAUGGAGGAAGAGGGGCGUCAGUUCAUGGAGGAGCAAGCCAAGAGGAAGAAUCGCUUCCUAUGCAGACAUCCCUGUCACCUAAGACCAGCUUGUGAGGCGGAUAUGGACGGGGUUGCCGCCAUUUACAAUCAUGAGAUCAAAGAGGGUUGGCAUGCUGUGGACCAAGACCCUGUUGAUCCUGCGGGCUUCAAACACAUCCUAGAGAACUGCAAGAAAGAAAAGAUGCCGUUCAUUGUUGCUCUUGACAAAUACAACAACCCCUAUGAUCCCAAGGAAACACACGCAGUCAUCGGUUUUGUGUUCAUCGACAUCGCCGGUCGUGGUAUUUUUGGUUCCCUCAAGACCAACAGCAAGGAAUCGGGCAGACUAUAUAUCAUGGUUAGCCCUGAGUACCGUCAACAGCGAGUUGGCACUGCGCUGUUGGAUUCGAUCUUGGCUAUGGUCUCCCACACAUACAACUCGAAGGAACUGUCUUACCAAUGGGAAAACAAGACGGAUGAUUCGGUCCACAAAGUGUGCUAUCGUAACCCCCGUCAGUGGCGCACGCUCAUCAUGGAGGUUUAUGUGCAGAGCUUCGGCAGCAAAGAGAAAACGGAGAAGAGCGACGAGUACCGGUUCAUCUUAGACUGGCUCUCGGACGAAUUCGCCCUGUACCUCAUAUCCCACUCCGUGGGCUUUGGACGCAACGAUAACCUCGGGGACCCUUGGCUCGACCGUCUGGUCUUCGAGCAUAUUUGUCGCGGCUAG